CUGCUGUCGUACAAGCAUGACGUACAAGCGUCAAGAUAUGGCGGACGUUUAGUGAAAUAUAUUCGUAAAUGUUUAUGAAAGUGAUAAUUAAAUGUUAGUUUUAAUAUUUAAAUAACUGUUAAUAUGAGUAGAUAUUACGAUUACGGUAACGCGAUAUCAUGUUGACAUGAGUCGGUCGCACGUCAACAAUGGUUAAAACACGGUCUUCAGCGAGGGUAGGGAAUGCGGCUUCGAGCGCUCCCGCUGAGAAUGGGACUUCCGAACUUAGAACACGGCUCAAAACCACAGAGAACGGACACCGCUCGCAAAAGAGCAGCAGUAACAAUAGGAACAAUCAGGCCUUGCCGUCAAGCGGGGCGGGGCACGGCGCGGGGUCGCAGGGCAAGGACCCUCUGGCGCCCGCGUUGCCCGGCUCCCGCAACAUGUACCAGCACCCCGCCGUCACUGGGUACAAUCCUCAGGACUCCAGGGCGCAGGGCAUGUCCGUCACUGCGCGGCAGAACGCGAUGUACGCGGGCAGCAUGUACCACGGGUACGCGCACGGCGGCGCCGGCGCCACACUCGCGUCCAUGCCGGCGCCCUCCCCCACCGCGCCCCUGACGCCCUUUCCCGUGCAUCCUGAUGUUAAAUUUAAAAAACUUCCCUUCUACGACGUGCUGGCCGAGCUGAUGAAGCCGUCGACCAUGAUGCCGAUGCAGGCGGGCCGCAUGCAGGAAGGCACCUACAUAUUUCACUUGACGCCACAGCAGGCCACGGAAAUCGCCUCGGGCAAGGACAUAGUCGGGGCCAGCAAUAAGCUAGAUUACGUCGUACAGGCGCAACUGAGAUUUUGUCUCCUGGAGACGUCGUGUGAGCAGGAAGACUACUUCCCACCUAGUGUUAAUGUUAAAGUAAACAAUAAGAUGUGUCCACUACCAAAUCCAAUCCCAACAAACAAACCAACACCAGAACCAAAGCGGCCACCUCGGCCAGUCAACAUAUCUUCCCUGGUGAAGCUCUCACCGACUGUAGCGAACACAAUCCACGUCUCGUGGGCGUCGGACUUCACACGGGCCUACGUUCUAAGUGUCUUCAUGGUCCGGAAGCUGACCUCAGCGGAGCUGCUGCAGAGGUUGAAAAACAAAGGAACCAAGAACCCGGAUUAUACUCGGUCGUUGAUCAAAGAAAAGUUAUCAGAAGACUACGACAGCGAAAUCGCAACAACUUCUCUUCGCGUCUCCCUCAUGUGUCCCCUCGGGAAAAUGCGAAUGUCGUGUCCGUGUCGGCCGGCGAAUUGCCCGCAUCUGCAGUGUUUUGAUGCGUCGCUUUUCUUGCAAAUGAAUGAACGGAAACCCACGUGGCUGUGUCCCGUGUGUGACCGCCCAGCUCCUUAUGACUCCCUGGUAGUCGACGGGUACUUCCAAGAGGUGCUGACGUCGCCGCGGCUGUCGGAGUGCAACGAGAUCCAGCUGCACGCGGACGGCAGCUGGUCGGCGCACACGCCGCCGCCGCGCGCGCCCGCCGUCGCCGCGCCCGCCGCCGAGCCCGUCACGCUCAUCGCCGACGACCUGGAAGUGAUACCAGUACCAGAAGGCGGCAACGGCGGCGGCAAACGGGCGGCCGUCGGCGAAGCGCGGGCGCCGAAGCCGGCGGAGGCGGUCGUCGACCUCACCUCGGACUCCGAGGACGAGUUGCCGCUCAAGAGGAAGGUGCCGCAGCCGAAGGCCACGCCGCCGGCACCCGAGUCCUCCAUCAAGACGGACGAUGGAUAUUCUUCUAAUGCGGAAGCCGUGUCGUCUAGCGGCUACCGGUCGCCGGCGGCCGGGCCGGGCUCCGGCGCCGUGAUCUCGCUGGACAGCCCGUCCCCGCCCGCGCCGCACUCGCCGCACUCGCCGCACUCGCCGCGCCGCAACGACGACGACCACGCCGACAGGCAGAACGAGAGAUGUACAAGCAACACCAGUGAGCGCGAUGACAGCGAUGCGGCGGCGGCGCACUGGCAGCCGUACGCUGAGACUGAUGCCAAUAUGGAAAACUAUAGAAGAUACUGACUACGGGAGAAGAGUGGUCGCCCCUCUUACGUCAGCGGCCAUUCUUCCGAAGACGAUCAAGAACCUAACUACCCCGAGGUGCCGCUGCUUCCGCCUUGAGAGACCAGCCAUUAUAGUGACGAAUUCAAAAAUGGCGGGAUAUUUUACAUUUUUUAAUGCAGACGGCUUUCGAAAUCAUGCAGUAAACCCGAUAUACAUAUACAAGUAAAACGCGCAAGGAGCUGACAUGUGCAAUGAUUUUGACAUGCUUGUAUAUACAGUGGCACGUGCCAGUAGCUGGAAUGCAUGAUCAUCAUCAUCUGCAGCCCUCCGUGACCCACUGCUGGGCAUAGGCCUUCCGUCUACGCCAACCACUUCUCUCAAUGGCAGGUGUACAUUUACUAGUAUAUGUAUUUCCGCUGAUAGAUCUGAAAAAGCAAAAUUCACAAUUUGAGUCGAAACUGAUUCUUAGUUACCAUAAUCUUUAUUUAACCAUAAUUAAAAACAUUUUGGGAGUUGUAUCGGCUCAUUAGAAGAAACAAAGCAGCAAUGUUGUAUGCCUGAUUAAUAUUUUGCACGCCAUUUUUUAUUCGUUUCUCGUAUGGCGCGUUGUAACGUCUAAUAUGGUGUCGGCGGCCAGUAUUUACAAAUGAUUGAUCUGCAGUGUAUGUAGUUAAUAUGUAAUAAUUAAGCUACAGCUGCCCAUUUAAACGCAGCAUUUACUGUGUUGCGUUAUCUUUCCAAUUCCCCCAAAUGUAGAUGAAAAUAGGAGUCGAAUUAUUAGGUAUAUUUUACAAGCAACAUAUUUUCCUUUAAUCGUGUAAAAAAAUCACUAGACAAGCUAAUGCGCUUAAAAUGAUACUGAAUUCCUGAUCUUGUCAAAAUAUCUUCUUUUUCAUGAUAGAUCCAAGUCAAGAUUUGGCUGCGAUGAUUUUCAAGCUUUUUGCUCAUGGAUGGUCGUGUUAAAAAUGUCUACACAAAUCCAAAUAUUAUAUACCAUCAGAGUGACUACUACUAUCUUAGUGAUGUGAACACCUGCUGCAAAUCAGUGAUAAUAUUCUAAAGGGACUGCAAUGAACUGUUCCAGAAUAUACUUUUCUAGGACCUAGGAUAUUGUUUAUUUUAAUGUGAAUUUAUUCACUAAGUUAGAUUGUAGUUAAAUUCCGGAUCUAUUUAAUUUGAACACAAGUUAGGAUUAUAUUUCGUUUGGUGGUGAAUGACCCGCCGAUUUUUUUGUGUCUCUGUAUUCAUUUCCCAAAAAUAUUUUUUAUGUUACGUACGAAAUUAUUGUAAUAUUUCAGUACCUAAUAAAUAAGUUUACAGAAAUCAGUUAAGUGAUAGAUUAAAUACGUGAAAAUAAGCACGAUAAAAAAAUUCUCUAUGACUCAGCUAAUACCGCGAAUGUACAGAUGAAAUUGCUGUUCUAAACUCUGGAAUCUAAUUUAUUUAUAUGUAAGGUGUAGGUUAAUAAAACUAAUUGUAGGCCAAAUAGUCAAAAUUGUAAUUCUAGCUGUCUUUGUUUAGAUUUUAUAUGGACCGCGACAAAAUGAGUCUUCAGGAACGUAUUCCUAAUGAUUUUGAGUAUUUAGUCGUUAGAGUCACCAUUGCGAUACGGCCACUCUUCCAAACACGUUCGUCGAUGUAAGAAGUAACAAUAAAUGUAAAUAUGCUCA